GCUCUCUCUGAGCAGCUGGUCACAUGAGCCUGAAUUUUCAGUUCAGUUCAUUAGUCAGCCAUUUUGGUCAACACCCUGCUUACUGCACACAGCCAAUCCUGUUAGAACUCAGCAUCCCGGCUCGUCUGAGCCGGUCCUGUAGUGAUUUCUGCUGGUCAAAUUUUUUUCAGAUAGAUUUAAAAUAUAGGUUGAUUUUUUUGUAUUCUUUCUUUUGUAUUUUUUCUGCACAAAGAAGGAGGAUUUUUUUAUUUAUUCAUGCUAAGACCAAUUUUUGAAAACCAGCUUUAUAAGACAGCAUUGGGUGUGUAGGAUUUUAGCCUACAGAUAGCCCUGCUGGAAUAAAGGGAAAGGAAGCUAAAGGAGAGGGCGCUGGGAGAAGACGGACACCAUCUAAUUUUGCUAACUGUUAGGAAUUGCCAGUAAAAAAAGAUAGUGUAGAAUUGUUUACUUUGAGCAGUUUGCUCUACAAGGAAUUUUUUUUCCUUUUUUUUUUUCUCCAACGUCUCCUAUUCCAAUUUCUAAAAGCUUUGUUUUAAGAGCUUGGGAUUUGGUUUUUGUUUUUUUUUGUUUUUUUUUUUGGUUCCGAGGUCUUAUUUAUUUGUGUGUGUGUUGUGUGUGUGUGUUGUGGUCCCAGCUGAGUCAUCAUGUCGGCCCUGACGCCUCCGACUGACAUGCCAACCCCCACCACUGACAAGAUCACACAGGCUGCCAUGGAGACCAUCUACCUUUGCAAAUUCCGAGUGUCAAUGGAUGGAGAAUGGCUCUGCCUGCGAGAGCUGGAUGACAUCUCCCUUACACCUGACCCAGAGCCUACCCAUGAAGAUCCUAAUUAUCUCAUGGCUAACGAACGCAUGAACCUGAUGAACAUGGCAAAGCUGAGUAUCAAGGGCCUGAUUGAAUCCGCUCUGAACCUGGGGCGAACCCUGGACUCGGACUAUGCCCCCCUCCAGCAGUUCUUCGUGGUGAUGGAACACUGCUUGAAGCACGGCUUGAAAGCCAAGAAAACUUUCCUUGGACAAAACAAAUCCUUCUGGGGGCCUCUAGAGCUAGUAGAAAAGCUCGUUCCAGAAGCUGCAGAGAUAACAGCAAGUGUUAAAGAUCUCCCAGGACUUAAGACACCAGUUGGCAGAGGAAGAGCCUGGCUUCGUUUGGCUUUAAUGCAGAAGAAGCUUUCUGAGUAUAUGAAGGCCUUGAUCAAUAAGAAGGAACUUCUCAGUGAGUUCUACGAAGCCAAUGCCCUCAUGAUGGAAGAGGAAGGAGCUAUUAUUGCUGGUCUCCUGGUGGGUCUGAAUGUCAUCGAUGCCAAUUUCUGCAUGAAAGGAGAGGACCUGGACUCUCAGGUUGGAGUUAUAGAUUUUUCGAUGUAUCUCAAAGAUGGAAACAGCAGUAAAGGUAGUGAGGGGGAUGGUCAGAUUACUGCAAUUCUAGACCAGAAGAACUACGUAGAAGAACUCAACAGACAUCUGAAUGCUACUGUAAACAACCUUCAGGCAAAAGUAGAUGCUUUAGAAAAAUCCAACACUAAAUUGACAGAGGAGCUUGCCGUUGCCAACAACAGAAUUAUUACCUUACAAGAAGAAAUGGAACGAGUUAAAGAAGAAAGCUCCUAUCUAUUGGAAUCCAGUCGGAAGGGUCCUAAACAAGACAGAACUGCAGAAGGGCAAGCACUGAGUGAAGCAAGAAAGCAUUUAAAGGAGGAGACACAGUUACGAUUGGACGUGGAGAAGGAACUGGAGCUGCAGAUCAGCAUGAGGCAGGAGAUGGAACUGGCGAUGAAGAUGCUGGAGAAGGAUGUCUGUGAGAAGCAGGAUGCCCUGGUGUCUCUGCGGCAGCAACUGGAUGAUCUCCGGGCUCUCAAGCAUGAGCUUGCCUUCAAGCUGCAGAGUUCAGACCUAGGAGUGAAGCAGAAGAGUGAAUUAAACAGCCGCUUAGAAGAGAAAACUAACCAGAUGGCCGCCACCAUCAGACAGCUGGAGCAGAGAUUGCGCCAGGCUGAGCGAGGCCGCCAAUCUGCUGAGUUGGACAACCGGCUCUUCAAACAGGAAUUCGGAGACAAGAUCAACAGUCUGCAGCUGGAAGUGGAGGCACUCACCAGGCAGCGGACUCAGCUGGAGUUAGAACUGAAGCAAGAAAAGGAGAAGAGGUCACAAAACAGGAGCACCCCAGGAAAGGGGACCCAGAAGCCGGAGCCCCACCCAGAUGGGAAGCGCAGACUUCAAGAGGAAAAUGUUAAACAGAAAAGGCUGGAAGAAAGCCACAGGCUGCUGACUCACUCUGCAGACGAAUGGGGUCAGCCCGAGCUCUCUGGAAAGCCACAGGUGUGCCAGCAUGAUGUCAGCCUGAGGAAGAGCAUGUGUACGAACUGCAGAGGAACCUUCUGUAACGCCUGCAUGGCAGAGGAACUGCCUCUUCCUUCUAGCAUCAAGCCGGAACGAGUGUGUAAUCCCUGUCACAAACAGCUGAUGAAGCAGUAUUCCACCAGCCCAUCCUAAGACUGGAGACCAAGACCCAGGCCAGAGUGUUGAUGCUGGGCCUCUCCCUCCACAUGUUAGAGGCAGGAUGUCCUGGAACCAGUCCUCAGAACCAACCUUAGUUGGUAGCAAAGAUAGAAGUAAACCAGGUCCAUGGGGCAAGGCUGCAAUUGGAGGUGCUCAAACCUUUGCUCAUCUUCUCUAAUGAGUGUAUAAAUAAAAAUUGCUGAGCCUUUCUCAACACCUAAACAAGCCCAUUUUGGAGGGUUUAGAGGCAUAGUCUUUGGGCUUUUUUUUAUAUCUAUGAGGUGAUAAAAGUGGGCUGUAGCUGAGUGGAAAAGCACUGCCUAGCAAGUAUGAGACCCUGACUGCAGCAUCACUGCCAAAAAAGAUGAAGGAAACAUUACAUUUCCAUUCUCAGGGUAACAAGAUGUUGCCAGGCGGUGGUGAUGCACAUCUUUAAUCCCAGCACUCGGGAAGUAGAGGCAGGCAAAUCUCAGUGUUCUAG